CAUGGUGUAUGAUUUGUUUUCAUUACAUUUUCGAGCAUUGCAUUCAUUAUGUUAUUUUACCGUACAAGAGGCUUUUAUGAGAAUGAUGAGACUGACUAUGGCAGGAGGAUGAAGCAAAGGACUCCGUGCCAAUCGUGCGAAGCAAGAGUGGACGCUGCUGAUCACCUCUAUGAUGAUAUUGAGUGUUUCACUGGGUUCAUGUAGGGCAUGUAGAUCUCAAUACCGGCAUAACUAUAAUAGCAAUGAUUACUGUGUGUCUGGUCCUGCAUACAGUGUCCAGUCGACUCUAUGAGACUCGAGAGCGUAACUCACGGACUUACUCCCAUCAUAAGUAAUUAGUUAUCUUUGCCGUAAAUUAUAAGCGCAAGCUUGUCUAAGAACCCAGAUGGAAAUAAUUGUGGACACAAGCUUGUGUCAUAAUUUUCGUGUAGAUCCGCACACUGUCUGUGGCGGUACGAUCACGUGCGCGCGAUGUCUUGCCGCUGUUGCCCUGGGCAGUGGCAGUGCAGAGAGCCUGUCUCCGUGGUUUCCCGAAAUCUUGGAGAUCACACGUCGCACUCACACCUGCCUUGUUGAUUGUUGGCACGACCUACCACAGACUCAGUCACCAGGUCACCAGUCAGUUCACGAUCCAGGCUUAGGACCACGCGAGCGCCGAUCGUAGAGACACGAUCAGAACCACUCGUUUUCUUUGUUGAUGCAGCCUUGUGCCGCAUGAAAAUCCCAUCUGUUUACUAGGAAAUGGGACCAUUUGAUCGAAAACGCUGAAGAGGAGGGAGUUUGGCUUGCGAAGCGGUUGUUGAACAGCGAACCGAAAGAAACAGUUCCGUCCAUCGCCGAUAGGCGCUACCGUGACCAGGUGGUUGGGAUUAUGUCACUAUCUAAACACCUCUCGGACUUCGCUGAAAGCUGAGGAAUAUUGUGGGCAACGGGAACGGUUCUGAAUGGAGGGCGGUGACGCUCAAACUCCGGCCAUUGAUGCCGAGUCGGCAAAGGCAAGUGCCUUGACCAAGAGUCAAAUUUCUAUAGCUGCCGAUCAAUCGCCUGGUCCGGCGUCGACAUCUCCAGCAACUACUCUACAAGGUACCUCGGCCACGAACGCCUCUGGACUGGACAGUGCAGACGCGAGUGAGGAGAAAGCAGUGGGCAAAGAGAUCGCGAGUGCUGAUGCACCCAAUGCCGAUGUGUCGGACAGUGUGGCGGUCACGAAUGUAGCACACAGCGAUGAGCAGCCGAAGAAUGCAGAGGAGAGCGCCACAGCAGAUCCGGGUAGCGGCACUCACACUCAGACCGAGUCAAAGGACGACGCACCUACCAGCACUGACGCGCAAGAAAAUAGCCUUGGAUCUGAACAAAGCCAAUCUACCCCUGAGGCAGUUCAAAGUGAAGGGAAUGAUCCGAUUUCAGGAGAUGGUGUCGCUGGAGACUCCAGCGAUCAGAAGGCUGACACUGUGACUACAAAAGAAGACACAACAGAUGAAAAGGUAGAUGCAAAUGCUGUGGAAACAGCCACCAUUGAGCAAAGCCUGCCUGAUGGAGACGCCAUACCUGACGAGGCAACACUAGCACAAGAAAUCACAGCACCUACUCAAGAUGAUGGCACAACUGGAGGAGAGGCCGCAGCUCCCAAAGAAAGUCCAGAUGCCCACGCAGACAGCGAGCUGACAGAUGAAACUGCAGUGGGCUCAUCUGAUCACACAGCAAGCAAACAAGAGCCAGAAUCAGAGACCUCACACGAUUCUAGCCAACCUGGCCAGCAAGGAAAAGAGGACACAAACACUGCUUCACCGGUUGUGGAAACACCAAGCGAGAAAGCGAAGGGCGGGUCGUCUUCCAAUGCUGACGGCGAUGCACCCAAUGGUACUGAAGGCGAAGUGACCACUGACAGUGCCGUGCCACAGGAAUCAGUUCCCACAACAGGCACUGACACAGCAACAACCGAAACCAGCACACCAGCUGAUGACCAUUCUGCUACUGGUCCAGAGGACAAAGACGGGACAAAGCCAGGAGCAGAUGCAGGUGACAACGAUGAGCCUAAAUCAGCAACUGAUCAUCAGAAUUCGGAAGCCAUUGAUGGUGGUGGUGAUCAUGCAGACAUGUCUGCAGGUGGUGCAGCACAAGAGACAGUGGAGAACUCAGGAGACACUAGCGAACAGCCGGUCGCAACUGCGGAAAGUAAUCAAGAUGCUGAGACGACGCAAUCCACAACCGCAGCAUUUGCUAUUUCAAGCUCAGAAGCAUCCACUACUGUAGCGGAAGCUGAUGAGAAUGAAGCAACUCAUGACACUCCUGUAGCCAACUCUGUAGAAGAAGACAAGAGCAAAGCACUCCAGCAAUCUAAUGCCCAGGGUACAGAGGCAACCAGCGAAAAAGACGAUGAGGUCAUAGCAGAUACAGAGAAUGCUGCUGACGGUGACAAUGCUGUUGAUAGCAAUCCACCAGCUGAUUCACCGCAUGCAGAAACGGUGGAGGAGGAAUCCCGUGCUGGGCCAGAGGAGAGGCAGGAUGCAGUCACAGUCAGCGGCUCAGAAUCUGCUCAGGCCGAUGCCACAGAUGGAACUAAGCGUGUGCAAACAGAGCAACUCGAUGCGGCUGACAAAUCAACCAUAACACCUGAAGAAACAGCAGCUGGUGAUUUGACUCAGGACCCUGCCCUGGAGACCGAAGUUGCCUCUGACCCAAGUGCCGAGGCUCCUCACGACCCAGCUACAACUGCCACUGUGGUGUCCAUGCCUUCGGUAGAAUCUGACUCCAAAGCUGCAUGUGCCGCUGAUGAAGACCACACACAUUCAGCUGAUGCCACUACUGCAAGAGUGUCUGAUGAUACAACGGAAGCUAAACCUGACACAGACAAUACUGGUGCCCAAGCCACUGAAGACCAAGCAGAAUCAGAUCUCCCCGGAGACCCUGAAGCUAAUUCAGCCACUAGCGUUGCAUGCGAUGCUGCAGUGCCGACAACAGAAGAGAUGACCGACAAGGCAAAUGCUGACAAUGGCGGUGGUGGGGAUGACAGUGCGAAUACGGCCAACAAAGACGCAGCGAUGGAAGAGAAGGAAGCCGUCGUGCAUGCUGAUGAGAAUGCCGAUUCUGCACAGCCAGACAAUGACACUGCGCCAGGAAAGGAUGAUGAGGCAACGAAAACCAACGUCGCGGAGACUGUGGCAGAAGAAACCAUUGCGCCGGAGCCAGGUACAGCUGAGACAGCACAAGAUGAGACACAAAUAGACAGUGCGAAGGGGACUUCAGAAGCAACAGAGUCUGAAGCAGGCACGCACCAUGCCGAGAAGACUGAAGAUACUAGUCCCGAAGCUGGCCAGGCUAUCGACCAAGCUGUCAGCACAGCCGCACCAGAGGAAAGUGAAAACACAGGGACCGUCACGCCUGAAGGCAAAUCAAAUGAUACGGACAGUAUCCCAGCAGAAGACGGUCUAGAAGGCGUUGAAACUGACUCCGAAAUUGCUGCAGCACAGACCACAAGCACUGCACGGGAUGCAGAAUCAUCCACUCGCCCAGAUGGAAGUGUUGGUGACCAUCCUUCAGACAGUAGUAUGAAUGCUGACGAGGACUACAAAGCUUCAGAGGCCACAAAACCAACAGCACCAGAAACUCCUGAGGCAACAGCGUCAGAGACUUCUGAGCCAACGGUAUCAGAGGCUGACAAACCAACGGCAUCUAAAACUGGUGAACCGACAGUGACAGGUGCUGCUGAGCCAACAGCAUCGGAGACCACCGAGCCAGCAGCACCAGAGACCACCGAACCAACAGCGUCAGAGACUGCCGACCCAACAGCAUCGGAGACUGUUGAACCAAUAGCAUCCGAGACUGCCAAGACAGCAGCAUCUGAGACUGCCGAGACAGCAGCAUCCGAGACUGCCGAGACAGCAGCGUCAGAGGCUACUGAACUAACAGCUUCAGAGGCCGUAGAACCAUCAGCAUCAGAUGCUGCUACACCAACAACAUCAGAGACUGCAGAGCCCACAGUCUCAGAGGCUGCUAAGCCAACAGAAUUAGAGGCUGCAGAACCAACAGCAUCAAAGACUGCUGAACCAACAACAUCAGAGGCCUCCAAACUAACGGCUUCAGAGGCCGCUGAACCAUCUGCAUCAGAUGCCGCCAAACCAACAACAUCAGAGACUGUCAAGCCAACAGCUUCAGAGGCUGCUAAGCCAACAGUGUCAGAUACUGCCGAACCCACAGUUUCAGAGGCGGCUGAGCCAAUAGCUUCAGAGGCAGCUGAGCCAGCAGUAUCAGAGGAAGCCGAGCCAGCAGUAUCAGAGGAAGCCGAGCCAGCAGUAUCAGAGGCUGCCGAACCAACGGUAUCAGAAGCAGCUGAGCCAGCAGUAUCAGAGGCUGCCGAACCCACGGCAUCAGAGACUGCUGAAUCCACAGCAUCAGAGGCUCCCGAGCCAAGAGUAUCAGAAACUGCCGAGUCAACAGUAUCAGAGGAAGCCGAGCCAACAGUAUCAGAGACUGCUGAAUCAACAACAUCAGAGGCUGCCGAACCAAUAGCACCGGAAACUGCUGAACCAACAGUAUCAGAGACUGCCGAGCCAACAACAUCAAAGGCUGCUGAGCCAACAGCAUCGGAGGUUGCCAAGCCUGACGCAGAAGUUGUAAGUGGAAGCCAAGCUGAUGAACAAGAUGGUGGUGCAAAGGAGACUAAAGAGUCGGACACUGUCAUUGCAGCAGUUGACAGCGCCACAGCUUCUGUUGAGCCUGAGAGUGAACUCACAAACUCAACUAAAGCUGCAUCGAACAGCACAAGCCCUGCAGAGACCACCUCAAGUUCAAAUCUGCCAACAACAAGUGAAGAGCUGCCUGCAGGUGAUCUUACAGAUCAACCACCUGCUGAAGAAAAGCCUAAGCAGCCAGCUGAGAAAAUACCUGGCACACCUCCGGAUGCUUCAGUGACCGAUGGAACACCAUCGCCUGGAGAAACUGAUUCUUCAUCUAUGCCACCCAGUGCUUCUACAGAAGCUAAAAUGGUAGAGGAAUCUCAUGCAGAUAAUCCUACGGGCAAUGAAGUUAAUGAUACCGAGGCAAGUUUAGCCUCCGAUGAAGCUACCAUCACCAAAGAGUCUUCUGAAGCAGCUGUUGUUAGCGAGGAAUCUCAACAGGCUGUAUCACCUACAUCCGAUGAAACACAAUCACCAGAAGCAGCCAAUGAUUCUGAAAUACAGCCUGUGCAUAUAGACACUCAGGGUGAACAAACAGACCACACAGCUGAGAGUGAUCCAAGCCAGGAUGCCACAGACAGCAGUGCGGAGAAAUCAUUAGAUGACCAAUCGGCUGAACCAGCUUCCAUCCCAGAAGCUGACAAACACGCAGAAGUUGAAGCACCAACUGAAGGUGAACCGAAAACUGAAACUGGCCCAAUAACUGAGGCGGAACCAGCUGCCAAAUGUGACCUUCCGACGGAAGCUGACACAUCAGCCGAGGCCGAAUCAGCAAACGAGGCUGACCCGCCUGCCGAAGUGGAACCAGCCAUCAGCGCUGAUGCACCACCCGAAGCUGAUCCACCAACCACAGCUGACCCAUCAGCCAAAGCGGAACAAGCAACUGAAGCAGAAGUAGUCACUGAAGCUGGCCCACCAAGUGACACGGAACCAACAACCAAUGCUGACUUGCCAACAACCAAUGCUGACUCACCAGCUGAAGCUGACGCAUCAACUGGAGUGGAGCCAGUGAACAAAGCUGCCGCACCAUCUCAAGUAGACUCCUCAACGGAAUCUGCUGACCUACAUACUGAAGCAGAACAAGCAGUUGGUGCUGAGCCACAAGCCGAAAUGAAAUCAGCAGUCGAAGCUGAUCCUCCUACAGAAGCCAACCCACCAGCCGCUGAUGGCUCGGCAGCCAUUCAAGCUGAUUUGUCACCUGACGUUGACACACCAGCUGAAGACCAAGCCACCGCAGUACAGCAGAUCGAACCAACAGCUACUGACCAGCUCCACACUUCUCAAGACAUUGCCAAUACAACCGAUGGUGCUGCAGAAGAAGGACAGUGCAGGGAAGCUGUAGACGGCUCUACCGUCAGUGAGCAACAGGGUGAGGUCAUAGCAGAUGAUACUGAGCAUACAAAGGAUGAUAGCCAGCCCACACCAACACCAUUGGAUGAAGUGUCAACCCAGGUGGAAACAACUGGUGCUAUAUCUGAGCCAGUGGAUCCCAAAGCAGAACCAAGCGAUGGAAGCCAGUCCGAAUCAACACCAUUGGAUGAAGGAUCAACCCAGGUGGAAACAACUGGUGCUAUGUCUGAGCCUGCUGAUCCCAAAGCAGAACCAAGUGAUGGAAGCCAGUCCGAAUCAACACCAUUGGAUGAAGGAUCAACCCAGGCGGAAACAACUGGUGCUAUAUCUGAGCCUGCUGAUCCCAAAGCAGAGCCAACUGAUGUAGCAACAGUGGCAGCUACAGAAGCAGGUGAUGCAGCAGAUGGAACGAAAGCUGAGGGAACAGAGACAGGGGAUACUGAGACAAAGGCACCUGCAGCAGCUACAGCAGCAAAUGCAGAGAUGGUAGAGGGAGAGGCAUGUGCAUUGGAUGUAGUCACUACCUGUACUGCUACAAAUGAUGAUGUUCGAGAGGCAGACGCUGAACCCUCAGUGCAGAAAGACACGACAGAUGAGUCUCCUGUUGCAUCCGGGGCGGGCACAGAUCCCACAGAACCAACAUCCACUCAAUCAACAGUAGUGUCAGACCAAGAUCCUCCUCCUCGAGCAGAGCAAGUUGCUGAUGAGCAUGAGGACACUGCGGAAGCACCCGAGGAGCAGAUAUCUGAAAGUUCUGUUGCAGACAGCAGUGAGCAGAAAGACACGGCAGUAGAACCGACAGCAGAUGAUGGACAGCCUGCACCGAGUGUACACACAGCAGAAGAAAGUGAACUGGUGGGUGCUGCUGCUGGUGUGGAAGAGAGCACAGAGGCAGUACAUGCAGGUGUACUGGAUGCUGCUGACUCUGGAAAGAACUCUGAGCCAAUCAGUGAUGUCACAGAGACCCAACAAGUCGAAGACAAAGAACCCGCUCAACUGGCUGAAGCAUCAGAGAAUGAGAACGAAGCUGACGGUGCUACUCAUGCGGUGCCAUCUGCAGAGGAUGUUUCCUCUACUACCAAGCCAGAACCCGACGGCGGAUGUGCUGAAGCCGCUAUGGAGCCAGCCGAUGACCAAGCAACUGAGGAUCCAGCCGAACCCGAAGGUCCUCAGUCUGAUGAUACAGUUGAUACGGUAUCUACUCCAGAGAAACCAGCAGGAUCCCAUGAACAUGUCGAAACAGCUCUAGCAAAUGCCACAGUAGCAACAGAACAUGAUGCUGCAGAUGUGGAUCCUAUGCAAACUAGUGGUACUGAUUCAGAAGCGUGUCCAGCACCCGCACAGGUUUCCAGCACAGGCGAGGCCAACGAGCACACUGAACAGCCAUCCGUAGAUGACCCAGAAGCGACUACGUCAGAGAUAGCUCACUCUGAUCACAAAGACUCUUCUGAUGGUGAAGGGCAUACCUCCGCAGCACCAGCUGAGCAGCCUGCAACUGAUGAAGCAGCUGAGGAUGAUGGAGAAGCUAAUAUUGCAGCUGUGGACAAUGACGCAGCUAAUAUUGCGGAAAAUGAUGCAGCUAAUAUUGCAGCUGCGGACAAUGGAGAAGUUAAAAUUGCAACUGCAGACGAUGAAAAAGCUACUGUUGCAACUGCGGACGAUGGAGAAGCUAAUAUUGCAGCUGCGGACAAUGGAGAACCUAUCACUGAUAGCGAAGCUGUGAAACCGAGUGGUGACACUACGGAUUCAGGUCCUGAACUACAAGACACCAGCAUUGGCACAGGUGCUGAAGGGGAAGUUGUGAACCCUGGAGAAGAACCGCGCACAACAGAAGAGCUCUCCUCGCUGAGUAUGUCUACAAAACCAGCCGAAGUAAGUGUUGAUGCAGCAGACAUCACUGCUCAGGAUGAUGGAUCCAAAGACACGCCUGAUCCAGCACAGGAUCCAGCGCCUCAGAGUAGUGAAGAUGAGACCAAACUACCCGUAAGCGAUGACUCGACAUCAGCCAAGGAAGAACCUCCUGUUGGAGAAACAACAGACAAGAUCUCGCAGGAUGUGCACACUGACAGCCCACCGCAAGCUGAAGAACCCACUGGUACAGAUCCAGUGGAACCAGAUGUACCGAAUGACAGUGACAGCGGAAGCAAGGCUGACAACCCCACAGAGGACACGGAGAUCAGUAAUGUUGCCGAUACUGACAGAGAGGAACAACACCAGCCAGACAAGGCAGGUGCCGUGAUGGCUGAUGCUCUAUCAACAUCUGACACGGGCUCUGAUGCUGCUGGGACCAAAAAUGCCAGCGCGAAUACACCUGAAGCUGUACGACGGAGGCCAUCAGAAGAAGAGAAAAGUGAAGGUGAUGACAAUGAUGCAGGGAAGGUGCCGCGUGACAUGCCAACCAAUGGCGCUGCUCAUGGAGACAACCGGAGUGUUCAGAGCGAACCGCAUUAUUCAUCAGCUUUUGAAGAAGACGAGGAAGACCAAGUCAAAGAAGACAAGCCCAGAGAUGAGAGCUCUGCCUCCGUGCAAGGUGAUGAGAGCUCUGCCUCCGUGCAAGGUGAUGAGAGCUCUGCCUCCGUGCAAGGUGAUGACGUGAAAGAUGCUGACAGUGAAGAACACCAAGAGGAGGCAACCAAAGCAUCAACAGAGGAUGAUGAUGUUGCCAUAGCAUCAACAGAGGAUGAUGAUGUCGCCAUAGCAUCAACAGAGGAUGAUGAUGUUGCCAUAGCAUCAACAGAGGAUGAUGAUGUUGCCAUAGCAGCAACAGAUGAUGGUGAGGGUGCCAUAGCAUUAACAGAUGAGGGUGAGGGUGCCAUAGCAUCGACAGAUGAUAAUGAUGUUGCCAUAGCAGCAACAGAUGAUAAUGAGGCUGCCAAAGCAGCAACAGAGGAUGAUGAGGCCGCCACAGCAGCAACAGAAGACGACGACAGCGAAGAACACCAUGAGAAAGUUGCCAUAACAGCAGCAGAGGAUGAUGCUUCAGCUUCCUCACAAGCCAGUGUUACCAAUACUGCAAGUAAGACUACACUGUCUGAUGCAGACUGUAGUGGUGAUGUAAAGGAUACACUAGGUGAGCAUUCCUCGUCAUCAAGCAAGGCUCAGCCUCUGUCCAGUCCCAGUGAAAAGAGCUGCGUAGAAGACAGUACUGCUGCUACACGAGAUUCGGAGGCACCGGCUUCUUCUGCAGAGUCAGAUGCCAGCAGCCAUCGUGAAGAGCACUCGUUACACGGCUCAGCCACCUCCGUAAGUCGCAAGUCUUCGGCAGGCAGCCAUCGUUCAUCAGCAUCAUCCUCAGAGCACUCACGGCAAGCAAGCACAGAUGGUCACAGCUACACAGAGAUAUCAGCCACGGCCAGUGAGGCUACGCUGACAGAAGCAGCAGCAGCUGGUGGUGAAGAAAGGCCUACCGACGUAACUGCACAACAGUCUCAGGAAUCCACUGAGGAAGACCAGAAGCCAAUGCAGGUGGCUGUUGAUGCAGAGAAAGAGCAGCAGGGGACAGAGAUAAUGAGCAGUGAAGAAACAACUGAACCAGUGGCGGCUGCAGAUGCUGCCGCAAGUGCAUCCGAUACAUCUAUUGACAGCAGCAGGGGAACGUCUGAAACAAAGAUGAUGAGGAUGACGUCAACUGGUGAACAGAUACAGCUGGAGCUAGAGCUGGACGAUGAUAGCACUGCAGAUCGGAAACCAGAUGAUGAUGAUGACGGUGAUGAUCAAUGUGUAAAGGAAGAGAGCGAUGUAGACACACCCAAAGCACAGACAGAAAGCGAAGGCACUGAAGUGGAGAAGGAUGAGGCGUCAGCUGCACAUGAUGAUGAUGCAGCUGAUAACAGUGACGUUACAGCGGAGAACGAUCUGCCGAAUGAAGAGACCCCGUCUGACAGCCAUGACAAGGAUGCAACCAGCACAACACAAGAAACUGUCACCCAGACAGAGGAUGAUGGCACUGCAGUGGAGACUGACCAUCAGACUUCUAGCACAGAGGACGACCAAGCAUCGGACAAGUCAUACGGCAGUUUUGAGGAGGAUCCCCUCGCCCAGGAUGAGCUCGAUCAGAGUAAGGACGAGACAGAAAUGGACGUCUCGGCAGAUUCACCCAAACAAGACUCCAAAGAUGAAGAGGAGGGUGAAACAGAAGCAGAGGUGGAAGGUACUGAAACCCCGACUGACGAAACUGCCCAAGACGAUGAAGCUGGCAAGGUAGAGUCCAAAGCUGAAGAUCAAACUACAGCGGAUGAUGAUGAUGAUUAUACAGAAGAUGUGUCCGAGAUCCCUGAGGCACAAGCUACCGUGGGAGAUGAAGACACAACUACAGGGCAGUCAGAGUCAGACAAAGAACCUAUUCUGGCUGAGGAGAUGAAGGCUGUGGACGUGAAGGCUGUGGACGUGAAGGCUGUGGAUGUGAAGACUGAUGUGAUGAAGGCUGGGGAGAUGGAAGCUGUGGAGACAAUGGCUGAGGAGAUGAAGGUUGAGGAGAUGAAAGCUGUGGAGACAGUGGCUGAGGAGAUGAAGGCUGUGGACACAAAGGCUGUGGACGUGAAGGCUGAGGAGACCAUGCAAAGAACAACGUCUGAGCAUGAACAGCUACCAGAGAAGGCUAAUGACAAGGAGACUGAAACAAUGGCGCCAGAAUCUACCUUGUCACCCCGUUCCAAGAGCAGAUCAAAGAGCAGAGAGGAGGAGAAGGCUGAGGAAGAGGAAGAAAAGGCACUAAUAGAAAGGCUCCGAGCAUUGCACGACCCACCAGCCGAGGAUGAAGUAUCAGCAAACAGGAGACGACUGGAAGAGCGAGAGAAGAAACGCACCAAGGCAUUGGAGCGGCAGCAACGAGAUAUAGCGCUGCAAACGCAGCAGAGAAAACAAGAAGAGAAGCUGCAGCAGCUCGCUUACGCAACAACACCUCGUAGGCGAGUUCUGCCUCCGACUCCUAAAGAAAAACCUGUGCAACCACCACCACCAGCUACCGGUUAUAAUGAUCAACCGCCACCACCCGAUCACCCAAUUCCAACCGGUGUGUUUGUUCGCAGGAAUCCGAGGAGAAAGAGCUCCAUAUCACACAAACCAUACCUGGAGGCGAUACUGCAGCGGGAAGUGGAAACUGAACUGGCGCAAGCUACAAUGCAAGAACGAACACCAACAGAUCAGACGGAUGGCUGCGCGACUGCACCGGUGACAAUCUCACCACCCAGCGCUGCUCGCCCGCAAGCGCUGUUCGUAUCGCGACGGCCAAGAAGACAGCUACCAAGCACGCCAGUGCAGCCUGUGUCACCAUCCCGGUCAAGACAUGCUGCGUGUAUGGCUCCACCCGAUCUCACGGGAGGCUGGAGAUCACCUGGAAAACACACCGAUCCCAUCCCUCUACCACCACUUGGAAGUCCUCCACCACACGCCAGAAUGCGCCGAAGAAGAACAAAGAGUGCUGUUCCGCUGACCACUGUCAGCACUGCUACACCUAACAGCGGUGUGAGCAGUUAUGAGUUAAAGAAGCUGACCAUGCGUGUUCGCACACAGUCGGCCAAGACACGCAAAGCGGCACACUCCACGUCUGCGCCGACCACUCCUGGCAAAGAGUUCAAGCCCAGUACGCACAACUGCUUCGUCAACUACUGUGACACACACGUGGCAGAGUUCUUGCUGGAGCGAGGCGAUUCUCCAGAUCACAGGCCAGCCAAGGCAAGGGUCACUUCCCUGGGAAUUGAAGAACCUCAGAGAGACCUGGAAAUGCAACGGGAAAAACUAUUCACACCCAAGCAAGCCUGGGGAAUUCACAAAAGGUCUGGACCCUCGUACCCAGAGCCCGGGCAUCGACGGCUGCCAGUGCCGCCAGUUCAACAGAUCUCUCCACCAUCAGCAGCAGCAGCAGCAGCAGCAGCGACGGCAUCACACAAGCAACCAUCACCCAGGACUACCACCUCUGUCACCACGACUGACGGCGGCAGCGGUGGCGGUGGUGGUGGACUGGUCACGCCAAGCAAGCCGGCCGGUGGCAAGUCAAGACGACUACCUCCGCUAUCAACACCAACCACCGGUAUGCAGGGUAGUACACCAGGUCCGAGUCCAAGUAAUCGGAUAGACAGCAAUCGUCUCAUGCCAAGGCUGGACCUGACUGGCAAGCAUAUGCGUCCCAAGAGCGACAAGUACUCCAUUGAGUCGUUCACUGCAGCCGACAUCCCAGAGUUCAGGAAAGACAUGAAGGAGCUGAUAGAGAAGCGACGAAAGGAGCGUGAGCCGGUGGAGUAUCGCAAUGCGGUCGUCGACUGGCAGCGCCUGGAGCUGGACUCUAUGAAACCAGAGGACCGCGAGUACUGCAAGUCUGCGGCCAUGACCUACUACAGCUCUACGCCCGGCGGUGCCAAGGCAUCCAAGUACAUGUCACAAGCCAUAUGAUCACGACAACGCCAACCACUCGUGCACUCAACUCGUAUGUGCGCCACUCGUGUGAGCAACACUCGUCGCAUCUGUGCCACUCGUCCAAGUGCCACUCAUGUAUAUACGACCAUUAUGGUUACAUGAUGACAUUGUGUAUUCCACAUGUGUGUCAAUUGAACUGCCAUUAUUAUGUUCAGCAUGCUGCUGCUCUCUCUCUCCUCUUUCUUUCUCUCUGGUGCCCGGGAGCUUCAACUAUCAAACCAUCCGGACCCAUUGGGUCGACUUUGACUGUGGUCGGAUAAGCGCAAAUUAUACCAUCCCAAGCAUGGCCAUGUCGGACAACACAACACUUGAAACGCCAAAUUCAGACCCUUUAUAUUUUUAAGAUUUGCUUUAUUUUCCUCAAAGUGAAAUAGGACCUCACUACUUCAAAGUACUUUCAAAAUAAUUUCUAUAAAAUUUUGAGAAUAAGCAAUAUUUUAAAAUAGACAUUAUCUGUACAAAAUUCAAUUUCUACCUUGCAAUUAAACCUGUACAUAUUGCGAUCA